AUGAGGCUGAAGAUUGGGUUCAUCUUACGCAGUUUGCUGGUGGUGGGAAGCUUCCUGGGGCUCGUGGUCCUCUGGUCUUCCCUCUCCUCACGACCCGACGACCCGAGCCCGCUGAGCAGGAUGAGGGUAGACAGAGAUGUCAAUAACCCCAUGCCCAACCGAGGAGGCAAUGGAUUAGCUCCUGGGGAUGACAGAUUCAAACCUGUGGUACCAUGGCCUCAUGUUGAAGGAGUAGAAGUGGACUUAGAGUCUAUUAGAAGAAAAAACAAGGCCAAAAAUGAACAGGAGCACCAUGCUGGAGGAGAUUCCCAAAAAGACAUAAUACAGAGGCAGUAUCUCACAUUUAAGCCUCAGACAUUCACCUAUCGUGAUCCUGUGCUACGCCCCGGGAUCCUUGGUAACUUUGAACCCAAAGAACCUGAGCCUCAUGGAGUGGUUGGUGGCCCUGGAGAACAAGCCAAGCCAUUGGUUUUGGGACCAGAAUUCAAACAUGCAGUUCAAGCCAGCAUUAAAGAGUUUGGAUUUAACAUGGUGGCAAGUGACAUGAUCUCACUGGACCGCAGCGUCAAUGACUUACGUCAAGAAGAAUGCAAGUAUUGGCAUUAUGAUGAAAACCUGCUUACUUCAAGUGUUGUCAUUGUCUUCCAUAAUGAAGGAUGGUCAACCCUCAUGAGAACAGUCCACAGUGUAAUCAAAAGGACUCCAAGGAAAUAUUUAGCAGAGAUUGUGUUAAUUGAUGAUUUCAGUAAUAAAGACCACUUAAAAGAAAAACUGGAUGACUACAUUAAGAUGUGGAAUGGCCUAGUAAAGGUAUUCCGAAAUGAGAGAAGAGAAGGAUUAAUUCAAGCACGAAGUAUUGGUGCUCAGAAGGCUAAACUUGGACAGGUUUUGAUAUACCUUGAUGCCCACUGUGAGGUGGCAGUUAACUGGUAUGCACCACUUGUAGCUCCCAUUUCUAAGGACAGAACUACAUGUACUGUGCCUCUAAUAGAUUACAUAGAUGGGAAUGAUUAUUCCAUUGAACCACAGCAAGGUGGGGAUGAAGAUGGUUUUGCCCGAGGGGCCUGGGACUGGAGUUUACURUGGAAACGUAUCCCUCUAAGCCACAAGGAAAAGGCCAAAAGAAAACAUAAAACUGAACCUUAUCGGUCCCCAGCCAUGGCUGGUGGAUUAUUUGCUAUUGAACGAGAGUUCUUCUUUGAACUGGGUCUGUAUGAUCCAGGUCUCCAGAUUUGGGGUGGUGAAAACUUUGAGAUCUCUUACAAGAUAUGGCAAUGUGGCGGCAAAUUAUUGUUUGUCCCUUGUUCUCGUGUUGGACACAUCUACCGUCUUGAGGGCUGGCAAGGAAAUCCUCCACCCCUUUAUGUUGGGUCUUCUCCAACUCUAAAGAAUUAUGUUAGAGUGGUAGAGGUUUGGUGGGAUGAGUAUAAAGACUACUUCUAUGCUAGUCGUCCUGAAUCAAAGGCAUUACCAUAUGGGGAUAUAUCUGAGCUGAAAAAAUUUCGAGAAGAUCACAACUGCAAAAGCUUCAAAUGGUUCAUGGAAGAAAUAGCUUAUGACAUCACCUCACACUACCCUUUGCCACCCAAAAAUGUUGACUGGGGAGAAAUCAGAGGCUUUGAAACUGCUUACUGCAUUGAUAGCAUGGGAAAAACAAAUGGAGGUAUUGUUGAACUUGGACCCUGCCACAGGAUGGGAGGAAAUCAGCUUUUCCGAAUCAAUGAAGCAAAUCAGCUCAUGCAGUAUGACCAGUGUUUGGCAAAAGGGCCUGAUGGAACAAAAGUUAUGAUUAUGCACUGUAAUCUAAAUGAAUUUAAGGAAUGGCAGUACUUCAAGAACCUGCACAGAUUUACUCACAUUCCUUCAGGAAAGUGCUUGGAUCGCUCCGAGGUCCUACAUCAAGUGUUCAUCUCUAAUUGUGACUCUAGUAAAAUGACUCAAAAGUGGGAAAUGAAUAAUAUCCACAGUGUUUAGAAAGAAUAAAAGAAACCAAUAAUCUACCUACUGACAAGUAAAUUUAUACAGGACUGAAAACCGCCUGAAACCUGCUGCAACAAUUAUUAUUAACUCUGUACAGCUCCAAACCUGGAACCUCCUGAUCAGUUUGAAGGACAUCGAUAAACUGUGAUUUUACAAUAACAUUAUCAUCUGCAGUUACUGUUUACAAAACUGCUUUUACCUUAAACUUUGUAGAUGUUUACAUCUUUUUUGUUUUGUUUUAAGAUGAUGUUGGUAAUUUGUGCCUUUAACUCUGUUUUGUGGGAACAGAGUUAAAAGCAUGUCGUCUUCUUUGGGAUUACACUCAGGGGUCUGAAAGGCAGUUUGAUUUUUUUUUUUUUUAAACACUUGAAAAAAGGUUGUAGUAACCAGACUUUCAUAUAUAACUUGGUGAUUAUCAACCUCUUGUGUCUUUAUUUAAUUUUACAUCUUUUUGAAGCACUGCCACAGGUUAUUAGCCAAGGUGGCCUUCCUUCACAGUCAUGCUGCUUUUUUGAAAGGUGAAUUUCAACACAUUUAGUGCCUCUUUCAUUUCUCAGUAUAUUUUUCAAGACCUUUUGAUGAAAUUUAUAGGAUGGUAAUGAUGGAAUGAAUUGUCACCUGUAUCAGGAAUACUUAGACUUCUCAGAAAUGAAUUUGUGUGCUGCCAUUUGCUAUGAAGUUGAAUGUUAUGUGGCUUGAGUAAGAAAUGAUGAUAUGUAACAUCUUAAGGCUUUAGUACAUGGGGUUUGAAAAUUGUGUGGCAUUAACUCCCACCCAGACCUGCUGGCAUUCUCAGUGCCAUCUGUCCAUGCCAACUCUUAGGGUAGCAAAGGGAUCUUCCAACUAGAGAAAAAUUGUACUCCUACAUUUAGGAUUUACUUUUCCCCAGUACCUGUUGAUACAGAAAGCUAUAAAUAAAUCUAAGUUUUGAAACUUGGGCAGGGCGGGGGAUACCCAAAAUAAUAAAACACUGCUAUAAUAAACACGUCAAAGGUUCAUUCUGGCUGAGGUAAGAAUUUCUAAGCCCUUUUUAGAUUAAGCCUUAUAAAACUCCUGUGCAUUACAUCCUAAGUUGUGUAACCUAUGAAACCAAGAGUGAAUUGAUAUUUCAUUUAUCUUCAUCCAAAUGAAAUUCCCUAUAUAUAUUUUAAAUUAAAUUACUAAGAAUACCACUCAUUAACAAUUGUGAACUACUUUCUGUUGAAUCGGGUAUUAAUUCUCUUUUAUUUCUUAAUUUCUUUUUUAGUAAGUGUAUUUUUAUUAGCAUUUUUCCAGUGAAAAGAUUUGCUUAGGUUUAAACAUUUAUUAGGACAGUACCUACUAAAGGAGAACCAAAUACUGCAAAUAGUCUAUUCAAUUUUGAUGUCUAAAUAAAGUCUUUUAUUACCCAAAAGAUUAAAAUGCCUAGGUUGGGUGCUUAAAAAAUGUGAUAAGGUGGAAAAUGGCAAGUAAAUUAAGCAUUUUUGAUCUGUAAUCAUGGUAUCAUUACAGUGAAAGGAAUUAAAAAACUACUGCCAUGGAGAAAUAUUUUUAAAGCCUAAAAAAGAAAAGAAUCCUACAUUUGUUUAAAAGAAAAGCCUACGUAUUUGUUUCAUCCAAACUUAGUUCUUAAAUUUGGAGAGUAAAAGUUAAACAUCCUAAACAGUUUUAUUCAAAAUUUUGAGUUUUUAGUUUGUAUUUUGCUACUGAUCUGUGGUCAGCCAUUUUAAUGUUCAUCCAUUUCUAGGGAUAUUUAAAAAGAAAUACAUUUAUAUGCUUAUAUAAUUGCAAAAUCAACUAUAAAAAAGAAACCAAGAGAGAAUUGAAUUGGUACUUUAAUUACUUUUGUGUUGGCAAAUAGGCCCCAUUUUCCAUGUUGAAUAGAUUAUAACCUUGUUAUCUAUGCAUAGGCCUAAGAAAGGUGGCACAUGAACUGUGCAUGUAGUUUUAUGGGU